AUGUAUACUCAGGUUGAACAAGAUAUUCAGAAGAAAAUAGAACGUGAAUGUAAUAUCAUUCAGGGAGCCACUCAUUUGAAGAAAAGGACUCAAAAUGCUAUGGUGAUACAGAAAUGUAACGCCAAUAUUAGGGAAGCUCGCCAGAAUAUAGAGUAUCUCGAGGAAACCCUCAAGAAACUUCGGCUAUCCAGCAGUGGUAGAAAUACACUUAAUCAGGCAGAGGACGAUGCGCAGGGACAUGGUUCGAAAGGCUACCGUCACUUGUCUACUAUCUCUCCGGAGGAGCACAGUUUUUCACGGCUAGAUCUGAUUAAAUACGACUGCCCAUCUCUGUCGCAGAAGAUCCAAUACAUGCUCCAGCAGCUGGAGUUCAAGCUUCAAGUCGAAAGGCAGUACCAAGAGGCCAACGCCAAACUGACAAAGCUAUAUCAGAUCGAUGGAGAUCGCCAAAGUAGCUCUGCAGCGGAGGGCGGCGCAAUGGAAUCUAAAAACAGAAUACAGCUUCUUACAAAGGCAUUGAAAAAGUACCAAGCCAUUAAUGUGGACCUUGAUCCAUUCAAACAGCACGAUGCUGAUUCUCUGAAUCACCAGCCCAAGUUCAGGAGAAAGCAGCUUACAGGCGAACUCACGAUUGGCGUUAAUGUGGUUCGAGACGUAGAUCAUAUCGAAUCCCCAAUGUUCUCAAGAAAACCAGAGAGCUAUGCUACCAUUAAAAUUGACGACACUGUGAAGGCGAGGACAAGAGCAUCAAGAAAUGACAGGUGGAAUGAGGAAUUUCAAAUUCAUGUUGGGAAAGGAAACGAGGUCGAAAUAACCAUAUAUGAUAAAGUCAAUGACACGAUGAUUCCAGUGGCAGUCAUGUGGCUCCUUCUAUCUGAUGUCGCCGAAGAAAUUAGAAAGAAAAAGGCCGGCCAAACUAGCGAUCAAAACGGUUGGGUCAAUGCUAGGGUGAUUAGCACUUAUUCUGCUGCGGCUGACUCCAACUUCAAUAGUGCAACAAACAUUCCCAUUACCGAUCCCUCAUCAAGAACAUCCGCUACAACACAAUCGAAUGGCGAACAAAAUACAUCUUCUGCUACGUCCCCCGGUCGUAUCACCACAAAUUCUUGGUUUACUCUGGAACCAGCGGGCCAGAUACUCCUAACUCUGGGAUUUAAUAAAUCGUCGCAGCCUCAAAGAAAGAAUUUAAUGGGUGGUUUACACCGUCAUGGUGCUAUCAUAAGCAGACAGGAAGAAGUCUACGAACAGCAUGGCCAUCACUUUGUCCAAAAAUCCUUCUACAACAUCAUGUGCUGCGCAUACUGUGGGGAAUUCCUGCGGUACACUGGUUUUCAAUGCCAAGACUGUAAAUUCUUAUGCCACAAGAAAUGUUAUAAUAACGUUGUGACUAAAUGCAUUGCAAAAACAACAACAGAUAGCGACCCUGAUGAGGCGAAACUCAACCAUCGCAUACCACACAGGUUUGAACCUGUUUCUAACAGAGGAACGAAGUGGUGCUGCCAUUGUGGAUAUAUUCUCCCCUGGGGCAGGCAAAAGGUGCGGAAGUGCUCUGAGUGUGCAAUUAUGUGCCAUGCGCAGUGUGCUCAUUUAGUACCAGAUUUUUGCGGGAUGUCAAUGGAGAUGGCGAACAGGAUUCUUAGAACCAUACAAGAUACGAAAAGAACGCAAGAAAAGAAGAAGAGAAUAUCUCCUUCAAUACAUGUCGAUUCUUCUGCUAGUACAGCUGUUUCUAGAAAUACUUCACCUAUCAAAUCUGAGGAAAAAUUUUCUCCUCAAUCAAAGGAAGCUUAUAUUGUCACUACGAAGGGUCAAGCCACCGAAGAAUACGACCAGCAUGUGGCUUCUAUCCAUACCAAGCCUCUUCCGUUGCCAGGCACGCAAUUAGACGAGAAGUUAAACUCUUUCAUUGACCAAAAUGAAGCCUACUUGAAUUUCACGCAGAAAGGUGGUCUCGAGUAUGAACCAAGAUCCUUAGAUCCAUCUGUCUCGAAUAAGUCGAAGGCGGCGGACCUUUUGGACGAAAAGUCUGACGAUGCUUAUCAUUCAAAAGGUACCUGGGAAAGCUGGAAAGCAAAUGAAAGGUUAAUUUAUGACGAUUCGUACAAUAAUCAAGAAGAGGUGGAUGUUCAAAUGGAAGAGAACCUGGAAGAGAACCUUCCACAUACUGAGGUUAGAAAAGUCGAGGUGGAACGAAUUGAUCAAGACAAAGAAGAGAAUAAAACCUCUGAAGAGAUUAUGGCUAAUGUUUUGCAAAAGAUCUCUACCGAGCCUGAGGUACAGCAUGUUAACCCUUUCCGUGAAAUGAAUGACGAGAUGUUCAAGAGAGAACAAGCUGCUGUGGACUUGGCCGCCGAAACGAAUUCUUUACAGAACGUCGAGACGCACGUUUCAAAGGGAAGUGUUCAAUCGUCUCCUAACAAGGCCCAUACAGCUGUGAAGCACAGGAGGAAGGCGCCAAAGCGUCGCAAAGUAUCGCUGGAUGAUUUCAUUUUACUCAAGGUUUUGGGGAAAGGUAAUUUUGGUAAAGUCCUUUUGUCGAAAUCCAAAAAUACAGAUCGCUUAUGCGCCAUAAAAGUUCUCAAAAAGGAUCAUAUUAUCCAAAAUCAUGAUAUAGAAAGCGCCAGGGCUGAGAAGAAAGUCUUUCUACUUGCAACGAAGGCCAAACACCCAUUUUUGACAAACUUGUUUUGCUCUUUCCAAACCGAAAAUCGCAUCUAUUUUGCAAUGGAAUUCAUUGGUGGCGGCGAUUUAAUGUGGCAUGUCCAAAACCAGAGAUUGUCUGUUAGAAGAGCCAAGUUCUAUGCUGCUGAGGUCCUGCUAGCUUUAAAAUACUUCCAUGCCAAUGGUGUCAUCUACCGUGAUUUGAAGCUUGAAAACAUCCUUCUAACCCCUGAAGGUCACAUUAAGAUUGCCGAUUACGGGUUGUGUAAGGAUGAGAUGUGGUAUGGCAGCAAGACUUCAACAUUCUGCGGUACUCCAGAAUUCAUGGCACCGGAGAUUUUAAAGGAACAGGCUUACACCAAAGCCGUCGAUUGGUGGGCGUUCGGCGUUCUCUUGUAUCAGAUGCUGCUAUGUCAAUCGCCUUUUUCAGGCGAUGACGAAGACGAAGUUUUUAACGCUAUAUUGACCGAUGAGCCACUUUACCCCAUUGAUAUGGCUGGAGAUAUCGUCCAGAUCUUUCAAGGGUUGCUGACCAAAGAUCCAGAAAAGCGUUUAGGAGCUGGUCCUCGGGACGCUUUGGAUGUUAUGGAUGAGCCUUUCUUCCGUAACAUAAACUUUGACGAUAUUCUCAACUUACGUGUCCAGCCCCCUUAUGUCCCGGAUAUCAAAUCUCCAGAGGAUACAUCAUACUUUGAGCAGGAAUUCACAUCUACAGCUCCCACGUUGACUCCGAUGCCCUCUGUUUUGGACGCAAGACAGCAAGAAGAGUUUAGAGGAUUCUCAUUCAUGCCAGAUGACCUGGUAUUAUGA